AUGGGGAGGAUGGCCCUUUUGCUGUCUCACGGUUCUGAUAAGCCAGAUAACGAGGUCCAGCUGCAAGCUGACGGCCCCCCUGAUGGUGGCACUGGCGCCUGGCUCGCUAUUCUCGGCGCCUACUUCGGCUGGAUAAACAGGCCUACCGUCGGCUUCUUAUUUAACAAGUAUAGCCCGACGCCGCUCAUUCUAGUCGGCACGUUCUUGCAUAUCUUUGGACUCAUAAUGGCGUCCCUAGCAACCGAGUACUACCAGUUCCUCUUGGCCCAGGGCGUCUGCAGUACAAUCGGUCUUAGCUUUUUAUACUCGCCCGGCCUUGCGAUGGGCGUUAUGGUGACCGGCUCGUCUCUCGGCGGCGUCGUCUUCCCCAUCAUAAUCAAUCGCCUAAUUGAGAAUCCGAGCACCGGAACAGCACUAGCUCCCAAGAAGACGCAGGCCGUAACCCUGGCCGCUCCCUUUAAAGAGUUCCCUUUCGUUAUGAUGUUGCUGGGAAUGUUCAUCCUAAUGUACGGCAUCUUUAUUCCGGUCAACUUCUUGGCCUUGCAGGGUUUGGAGCACGCCCACGUGUCCGAAUCCAUGUCGCUCUACUUAGUGGCCAUCUUCAAUAGUGCGAGUCUCUUCGGGCGUCUGGGCUCUGGAUACUGGUCUAACAUCGCCGGCCGAUGGAACGUGUUCAUCAUCGCCGGUGCCGCCUCAGGCAUCAUCGAGCUGGCCCUCUGGAUCCCGGCCACAUACGAGGCCGCCACCAUCGGCUUCGCCGUCGCGUUCGGCUUCCUCUCGGGCGCCUUCGUCAGCCUCCUCGCGGCCCUGCCGGCAACCGUGUCCCCUCUGCCCGAGAUCGGCUACCGGAUCGGCGUCGUCAUGCUCAUCCUCUCGCUUCCCGCCCUCACCAUGGCGCCCAUCGGCGGGAGCAUCUUGCAGAGCGCGAGUUCGGUCGACGAUGGCUGGCUGCACGUCAAGAUCUUUGGAGGUGUUAUGUCCCUCGCCGGGUCGGCCGUCGUCUUCUACGCCAAGACUCUCUACACUAAGAAGGUCUGGGCGGUUUUUUAAAAGACAGUGGAGGCUACGCACACAAGCACACGCGCCCACCAAGUCAAGUUCACAGGGGCGCGUUAAGAAGGCGUGAUUGUUAGUCUGACACCUAUAGUGCUUCAUCACAGCAGUAGGGGAUCAAUUGUCGAUGCUAGUGAAGGGCAUCAGGCCUCAGGCAACAUAGGAUAGAAACGUCUUGUCAUAGCAUACUCGUUCGUGCAAAUUACUUUGCCUCUUACAGACACGAAGCCGUGGUGCCACGGCUUUGUUCCACAACCUUAAAUUCAAG